GUCAAGCUGGUGUUUGUGAGGUGAGGGGUUCGAGUCUGAACGCGGAGGCUUGAGGAGGUGGGAGCUCUGCUUCAGCUCGGAGUCGUAUUUCAGUGUUUGAGGGACUCUGGUCGAACUGAGACUGCCUUUGUUCACGUGGAGCUGCAGGAGAAGUCUCUGUCGGAGCGAGCGCUGCACCUUCUCCACCGCGCGUCAUGGGGCGAGCGUGCGAUUCAUCGCUGCUGAGCAGAGUCUGGUGCUGGAGUUUGAUCACUGUGUGCCUCUGCUCCUCUGCCUCUGCCUCGCAGCACUUUGACUCAGAACGGGACUCGAGGGCUCAGCUGGACCUCACUGAGCUCAUCGGUGUUCCUCUGCCUCCGUCUGUGGCCUUCAUCACGGGCUUCGAGGGCUUCCCGGCAUACAGCUUCGGCCCAGACGCUAACGUGGGCCGCCUGACGCGCUCCUUCAUCCCCGACCCGUUCUACCGCGACUUCGCCAUCAUCGUGACAGCCAAACCCAGCACCCGGCGUGGAGGAGUGCUGUUCGCCAUCACGGACGCGCUGCAGAAGAUCGUCCAUCUGGGAGUGUCUCUGGCGCCGGUGGAGGACGGGUCUCAGCAAGUGGUUCUGUACUACACCGAGCCCGGGGCCGCACACACAAAAGAGGCGGCUUCGUUCAAGAUGGGCGAUCUGACGGGCCGCUGGGUGCGCUUCACACUGGCUGUUCAGGGAGAGGAGGUGAGGCUGUACAUGGACUGUGAGGAGCACCAUCGCGUGGCCUUCCGCAGGAGUCCAGACGGACUCACCUUCCAGCCCAGCUCCGGCAUCUUCAUAGGGAACGCCGGGGGAACCAGGCUGGAGCGCUUUGUGGGCUCGAUCCAGCAGCUGCUGUUGACGGCGGAUCCCAGCGCUCCGAAUGAACAGUGUGAGGAGGACGAUCCUUACGCGUCUGGAUACGGCAGCGGUGGCGACAUCUUCGAUGACACGGAGACACCGAGCGAGGUCAAGAAAGUGUUUGAAGAGAGAGAAUAUACGAUGCUUGAGGAUAUAGAGUCCGGUCCAAUGAGAGCGCCACCUACUGAAUCUCCCUCGUUCAUCACUGAGACGGAUGAUGAGGACCUGGAGGAAGGCUCUGGAGAGGACAUCAUCAUCAUCAGCGGUCCGAAAGAGCCGAUCAGAUCAGAAGGAGCUUCGCAGGACAGAAAUGUCAUCACCAUGCAGAAAGGAGAGAAAGGAGAGCGAGGUCCAGAAGGCCCUCCAGGACCCGCCGGACCCGCCGCUCCACACGCACCAGGAGAACCAGGGCCCCGGGGCCCGCAGGGGCCACCAGGACCGCCUGGAGAACCAGGACAAGACGGCCAGCCUGGUGAUCCAGCGAAAGAUGGAGCUCCGGGAGAGGCUGGACCUCCGGGAUUCCCCGGCCUUCCUGGAGAUCCGGGUCCCAAAGGUGACAAGGGCGAUCCUGGUGUGGGCAUCCCGGGACCACCUGGACCUCCCGGACCGCCAGGGACAUUCAAGUAUCCGGACGGCAUCGCCGGCUCCGGAUCAAGCUAUGUGGAUCUGGACAGCGACACAGAGCUGAUACGGGGUCCUCCAGGGCCACCGGGGCCACCGGGCCGUCCAGGACUUCCGGGCCCUUCUGUGGGAGCUCAGCCGGGGCCGGUCGGGCCUCCAGGAGCUCCAGGAAAAGACGGGGAGACAGGGAAGCCUGGACUCCCGGGUGAAAAUGGGCGAGACGGUCAAACAGGCAAAGAAGGAGAGAAAGGACAGAAAGGUGAACCAGGUUUACCUGGAAUCAUGGGACCAAAGGGUGAUGCAGGCCAGCCGGGGCUCCCAGGACAGACGGGAUCUGAGGGCCCCAGGGGUCAGCCAGGCCCUCCGGGACCUCCGGGAAAGGGCUUCAGCUUUGACAUGAUGGAUUUGGAGGGGUCGGGUCUGGAUGGAAGCAGUGGUUUCAGCCCUGUUCUGCCCAGAGGACCACCUGGUCUUCCUGGGCUCCCAGGACCUCCAGGACCACAGGGCAAAGAAGGAGCCGUCGGUCCUCCGGGUGUUUCAGUAAAGGGGGAGCCAGGCGCUAAAGGAGACGAUGGACAGCCUGGGUCAUCUGGACUGCCUGGGCGACAAGGGGAAAGGGGAGAGAAAGGGGAUAUGGGUCAGAAGGGAGAGAGAGGUCUGGACGGAAUCGGUUUACCUGGACCUCCUGGACCUCCUGGACCAGUCAUCAACCUACAUGAGUUGAUGCUGAAUGACACUGAAGGAUUCUUUAACCUCUCAGGGAUUUUUGAACCACAAGGGCCAUCGGGACCAAGGGGUCCGAAGGGUGAUACCGGGGCCCCGGGGGUUCAGGGGCCUCCAGGAUUAAAGGGUCAGAAAGGAGAGCCGGGGAUUGUGUCUGGAGUUCAUGCACCGCAGGGACCCAAAGGACUGAAGGGAGAUGGUGGCGUUCCUGGACCUCCAGGUCAAACGGGCCCCAUCGGACCCGCUGGACCAAAGGGCGAGUUUGGAUUCCCAGGACGUCCGGGUCGUCCAGGAAUUAACGGCCGUAAGGGUGAAAAAGGGAAUUCUGUCGGUUUACCUGGUCCGCCGGGACCGCCUGGGCCUCCAGGACGACCGGGAAUCUUCAGCUGUCCUAAAGGAACCGUGUUUCCAGUCCCUCCUCGACCCGGCUGCAAAAUGCCCGUUAACAGUGAUUCUACACAAGAGGGCGCCAGCAGCUCAUCAUCUGGGCAGGAGAAAGACCUGCCGUCAUCAUCAUCAUCAUCGUCCUCCUCCGGCAACACACUGGUAACCAAAGUCACAGUUGACAAAGGUGACCAGGGUUUCAGAGGAGAGAAAGGAGAAGCUGGGAUGCCAGGGCUGCCAGGGCUGCCGGGGAGAUCAGGUUCAGCACAGGGACCUAGAGGAGAAUCUGUUGUUGGACCUCCUGGUCAUCCAGGACCACGAGGACACCCUGGUGCACCGGGUUUCGGGAGAAGUGGUGUCGCUGGACCUCCUGGACCGCCAGGACCUCCCGGACCUCCUGGACAACACGGAUCUGGCGUGAUGAUCCCUGGCCCUCCUGGACCCCCCGGGCCCCCGGGACGAGCCGCUGAGGCCUCCAGCGCCGUCAGGAAGUAUGUGAGUCUGCAGGCCAUGAGACAGCAGUCGUCUGCGGUCGAGGACGGGACGCUGUCUUUUGUUAUUGACACUAGUAAACUCUAUAUAAAGGUUCCAGGAGGCUGGAGAGAGGUUCAGCUCGGCGGGCUGAUUGAGACGUAUUCAUCCCCCGUCCUCUCACAGGAUGAUGCUGGACCCCUGAUUCUGACCUCACAGAUCAGACACACACCCAAAAUACACACCAGGAACGCAGCUGGACCCCUGAUUCUGACCUCACAAAUCAGACACACACCCAAAAUACACACCAGGAACGCACUGAGGCUGGUGGCUCUCAACACGCCGCUGACGGGAAACCUGGGCUCCAUCCACUCGGUCAAUAAGCUGUGCCAGACUCAAGCUCAAGCCAUGGGCAUCAGAGACGACUACAAGGCCUUCCUCUCACACCACCUACAGGACCUGAUUGACACCGUGCAGCCCAUGUACCGAACAAACAUGCCGAUCGUCAACCUGAGGGGUGAGCUCCUGUUCAAGAACUGGGACAGCAUCUUCUCCGAUCACCUCCUCCCCCUCGGCGUCCCGCUGUACUCCUUCGACGGGCGAGACGUGAUGAGCGACCCCUUCUGGCCUCAGAAGGCGGUGUGGCACGGUUCUUCAGAGAAAGGCAAGCGUCUGUCCGCUCUGAACUGUGAGUCGUGGAGAGCGGGUGACAUGGCCAUCACCGGUCAAGCGUCGUUCCUCUACAGCGGCUUACUGAACCAGCAAACCCGCAGCUGCUCCAACCGCUUCAUCGUCCUGUGCAUCGAGACCAGCCACGACCAUCAAACCCUGCAGGAGCUCCACACGGCACAGGUUCGCCACAGAAGAUGGUUCCACAGAUACUGAAGCCCUCGGCGUCUGCACGUUUGUUCGGACAGGACGACGUGACGGAGGAAAAGCCCGUGACCCAUCGAUCUCAGGCUCUGGCCACAUGAACUUUAACACAACCAAAGCCAUGGCUCUAGAAUGUAAAGUGUAUUGGCUGAUUCCCAGUGAUAGACUGGGAGACUGGCCGUCAUUUGUAUGCACUGUACUUUUCAUAUUGUAUUUUUUUGGUGUCGAUUUUCCAAAGAAAAGUCUUUUUUGAUCACGUCAUUUAAUUGUUUCUUACUCUGUUUGUAUUUAAUUUAAUUUCAAUGUUUUAUUUAUACAGCGGCCGGACAUCAUACAAAAAUGAGUAUGGAUAAAUAGGUAAUUUAACUAUUCCAAUUAAUGAUGCAGCUGUUUAUUUUCAUUUCUGGAUACUGCAUCUGUUUUACUGAUAUCAGACCACGUAAUCAAUCUGAUGAAGAGAUCAGAUCACCAUCAAAUCACCUUUUCAUAGAUUUUUUAAAGCACAUAAAUUGAAGCAGUGUUUGUCUGUUGAAUAAAACAUUUUUUUUCCAA